CGCCAGUGGUACCACCCGCGAAAUCAAUAUCCCAUCUUCAUCUAACAUGUCUGAUGGGACUUUUUUCUCGUUUAUUCCCUAAAAAACGGCUAAAAUAGUUGUUUAAAUAGUAUGAAGUGCCUUAAAAGAGUUUUAUAUAGUUUUCUUUACAUAAAGUGAUAAUUGCAACGACAUAAGUCGUCAUCCAAGUCGCCUUCGAUUUUCUUUUGUUCCAACAGGUAAACCGGGAACGUUUUAAAAAUAUCUCGGUAUUUUUUUAUAACGACGUUUGUUUUAUUGCAAUUCUGUGUUUUAAGUAAAAUGUCGCAAGCCAGCAUUUUUGUGGAAGAUUGGUUAUGUUACAACACGAAUUUAGGUGAGGGGGCUUAUGGAGAAGUUAAACUUCUCUUGCAUCGUAAGACCAAGGAAAAAAUUGCCUGCAAGAUGAUCGAUCAUGACAAGUACAAAGAUGCCUCAUUGCAUAUCAACAGAGAAGUUAUGAUACAUAAAUUUUUGGAUCACGAGAAUAUCAUCAAAUAUUAUGGCAGAAGGCAGGAACCAGCUAAGGAAUACAUAUUCUUGGAGUAUGCUUCCGGUGGAGAGUUGUUUCAAAUGAUUGAACCUGAUAUUGGAAUGCCAUCUUCUGAGGCCCAAAAGUUUAUGAAGCAGUUGAUGAACGGUAUAAAGUAUUUACAUGGUAAAGGUAUUGCCCAUCGAGAUAUUAAGCCUGAAAAUUUGCUGAUUGGCGCAGAUGGGAAACUCAAAAUAAGUGACUUUGGAAUGGCAACUCUUUUCAGAUUCAAAGGAAAGGAACGACUUUUGGACAAAAAGUGUGGGACAAAGCCUUAUUUGGCCCCUGAAGUUCUCCAAAGACCGUACUAUGCCCAGCCUGCCGAUAUUUGGAGUUGCGGGAUUGUUCUGGUUGCUAUGUUGACUGGGGAGUUGCCAUGGGCUGAUACAACCAAUGGGAAUGAGGAGUUUAUAAAGUGGAAGAACGAGGAGUAUCUUUGCGACACGCCUUGGAGAAAGUUGGGAAAUACAGCUCUUGCUUUGUCAAAACAAAUAUUAAAUAUUGACAGUGAAAAAAGGCUGACUCUUGAACAGGUUCAGAAGCAUCCAUGGAUGAAGUUCCAGUUUGGGAAUGACGACGAAAGCGACGUUGUGGACUCGUCCGGCGAGAAAUCCGCUAAGCGCUGGAACUCGAUGAUGGAGGCGGAGACGCGGCAGAACGCUGACACGCCCGACGUCGCGCUGUCGCAGCCGAACCUGCCCAGCAGCCGGAAGCCGGCUUCGCUCGUGCAGCUGCUGAAAGAGCUGAACGAGGGCGGCGCGCGCAACGGGCGCGGCGCGUUCUUCUCGCAGCCCGCGCAGAACGCCGACCUGAUGACGCACUUCGCGCAGAGCACCAUCACGAAAGAGAACUUCCAGGACUUCAUCAAGAGCAUGACGAGGUUCUACGUGAAGAGCACGCACGAGAGGACGCUGGAGUGCUUGUGCAACGCGUUCGAGCAGAGCCAUUACACUUGGGCGGCGGACGCCUCCGGAGCGGUGGUUAUUUCCACAGUGGAUCUGAUGAAAAACCCGCUGGUUUUCAAGGUAAACCUCCUGAAAAUGGAUGGAAAAGUGAUGUUGGAUUUCAGACUUUCCAAAGGCUGUGGUUUAGAAUUUAAGAAGAAAUUUUUGAAGCUCAAAGAAUCCCUGAAAGAUAUUGUGGACAAUAAAAAUAUUUAAUUACAUGUUUUCCAAUAUAAUGUUGAUAAUUGUU